AUGCAGAAAAAUUAUCAAAAUCAACAACAAUAUCCAGCAUUUUAUUUACCAACAUCAUUUUAUGAAAUUAUAUAUGUAAAUAAAUUUACAACAACUGAAACAAUGCAAAAAUUGAUUGACCAUGUACGGUAUUGCCUUGAAUUUACAUUUGAUACUGAAGGUGAGCGAUCAAACAAUCAAUUAGCAUUAAUUCAAAUUCAAACAAUACCUCAACAAUUACCAUGUUUCGUCGUAUUAUUAGAAUUAUUACAUUUACCAUCAUAUGAUACAUUAAUUUUCGUCAAAAUUAAACAAUUAUUUCAAUUGAUAUUUCAAUCGAAAGACAAAUUAUAUUCGUGGGGAUCACUACGACGAGAAUUGUAUCCGGCUGUGAAUUAUGAAUUGUGGGAGUGGCCUAUUACAUCGCAAAUAUUUGAUGUUCAACUUGAUUUUAGUGAAUGGUAUAAAUGGGCACUCUUUCAUUGUAAGGUGUAUGGCUCAUUAUUACUGCAACAUAAUGUUAUAAAUUAUGUUCGUUCAAAUACAAAUAUUAACUCAUCUUCAACAUGCACGUGUCAUGAAGCAAAUCCUUAUCGUUCUGGAGAAAAAUGGGGACUACAAGACGCUUUAAUUUAUACCUGUCAAUUGUUUAUUGAUAAAUCAAUGACAAUUAGCUAUUGGGCCAAAGGAUUAGAUCCACAUCAUUCAACAUUAUCAAUAACAACACGAGAAAAAAUGCUACGUUAUGCAAUCUAUGAUUGCUUUACCACAACAUAUUUAGCACGUCCAGUUUUAAGCACUUGGACAUUUCAAAAGGUAAAAAAUACUAAUGUAAUUGAUCUAUUUCAGGCAUCAUCAUCAUCAUCUGCAUCACCAUCAUUAUCCUCAUUACCUCACGAAAAUAACAUUAUCAUCAAUACCAACAUUAAUCCCCAAAUUUUAAAAAAUGUUAUUAAUAAUGAUUUAGAAUUUAUUUCUGAAGAUAGUGAUGAUGACAUAACAAUUAAUCAAUGUCGUACAAUCCCUGUUAAUAAUGCAUUAUAUGAAUAA